CAGAGUAGCACUUGCUAGGCAGCCUGCCUCGAGCUGACAUGGGCCUACAUAUGGGACCCUAACCUACGAUUGGUCCUCCUUGUCCCUGUAGCUUCGCCUUGGACCAUGUCCAUACACACCGCUUGAACUUUCUCGCCUCGACUAGGGCGUUCUACUGUCUCUAUCCCAGGUAUAUUGCGAUGGAAGCCGAUUGUGAUACAACAGGGGUCCAAUGGCACAGAUUUCAAAGGACGUGCAACGAUUGGAUACGGUGUCGAACUUUAUUGGGAGACUCAGCGGCUGGAUAUAGGCUUCAAUGAUUAUAAAAUACGCGAGCUGCCCGCCGAUGCCUUGGGUCCCCGACUUUACCACACAUUGCAUCUCAUUAAACGACCCGAACAGCUGUAGUUGAUCAAUCAACUGGCCUUUCUUUGGAGCCAUGGAGGAGAUUAUACCUCGUUACAUAUCUGACGAAGACUUUGUCAAAAGCUUCAAGAAGGCGACGACCUCUACAGCCUACGACCAAAAUGUCCGAGACCUGGUUUCCCAAGCACUGUCUGCAUUCUCCGACCAGAACUGGGACGAGUUGCACGAGACUGCAUGGAAACUCCGUGUUGCGCAGAGGUUGAACUUUGCUCUCGAGGCGUUUACCGUUGUCACUCGAGGCAAAUUGAACGUGUUCGGCAAGACCAAUCCAACAUUCAAAAGCACCGUCAACUUGGCGGACGCUCUUCGAGUCACCGCACGCAACAUGGAUCAAGAAAGCUGCCAACAACGUCUGAACGAUGCCCACUCGCUAUUCCAGGAAGUCCUAAGUGGAGCCCAAGAUGAGUCGCUGCUCCAACAAGCUCUCAUGAGACUUGGAAGUUUCUUCACGGAUAUCGGAGAUUAUGAUGAGGCACGAAGGUUUCUUGGACGCGCAGAAGGGUACAAGAACACCAGCAAAUAUCAACUUGCUGAACUCCGAAUGUCUUGGAUAGACAUCCAGACCAAUGAGAGGCAGUUCGACGAAGCCUCAAAGGCCUAUGAAAACUUCCUUAGAGAUCCUCCGGAGUCUGGUGAGGACAAGGUCAUUCGAAAAACUGUCUUAGUUAGGUACGCCAACUUCCUUACGAAUAUCAAAUGGGAGGCGGCUGGGAAGGCAGAGGAUUCCAUUUUGGAGGGGGCCGACUUGCAGAGGGCACACAACAUAUACCGCGAAUUAUGUGAUGUCUUCGGUGGCAUCAGCGACAACGCCGACUCGAAGCUCGCCUAUCUUCCGAUCCAGGUCGAAGGCUACCGCGAUCGAAUGCGGGUUGCGGAAGAGAGAAUGGAGCAGCUCAAGACAAGAUGAGGAACGGUGCUAGUCAUGAUGUAGGCGGUUUUUCAUGGAAGGUGAAGGAUCCCAUCGCAGUCGUGGAACGGUUUAUCUUGUAUCUGCCCAAAGAUUCGAUCGAUGGGAACAAGGAAAUGAAGGCUACCAAUCCAGGUAAAUGGAUUGAGUGAGAUGGGGAAUACCCCAGUCACGUCUAGCCGCAUCAAUCAAGACACCAAAUCUCUCGCAUAUGACAUAGCGCAACCUUUUGAAUCAAAUCCGCCUCACCGGACAGAUGCGCAGUAUGUUCUGUCAAAUGGAAGGCUCGCCUCCGAUCCUACCUCACUGGAGAGAUCGCAGCGAAGUGCUCAAACGAUUUACGGCUCGGGUGGUACGCGCCGGGUAUAAGAAGAUAGUGCUUCGCUAUGAAGCAGCUUAAUAGUGUUUUCAACAUGUGCUUGAAUGGGACAAACAUGCAUCACUGCCAACUUAGCACU